CUGUUUCCUUCUCCUUUUUGCAACUUCCUUCCCGAAAGGGCAGCUGCUAUGGCCUCAGGGAAUCCUCAGGCGCAGAGAUGUCUGACAAACCGCCGCUCCACCAUCAACUAUCUGUCCAAGAGUGUGGCGGACAACAAGGUGUUCACCUUCUCUCUGCAGAGAACGGUCAAGGCCUGGAGCUCCCUGGACAACCUGGACGGCCCCAGAGGCACCAACGCCAAACACCGGCCCACGCAGCAGCAGAGCAUCGUUGUCAAUGUUGGAGGAAAAGUCUUUUACAUCCCCAAACAGUGCGCUGCUAAAUACCCUGGCACCCGGAUCGGCUCCCUGGCUCUGUGCAGGGACCACGCCAAGCUGCUGACGCUGUGCGACGAUUACUCCGUGAGCAAGAACGAGUUCUUCUUCGACCGCGACCCUGCGUUCUUCCACCACGUCUGCCACUUCUACGCCAGCGGGGUGCUGUGGGUCGUCCGAGAGAUGUGCCCCAUCAACUUCGAGGAGGAAAUUCAUUAUUGGGGCCUGAGCCUCAAGGACACUCAGCUUUGCUGUUGGAUGGUGUUUGAGGAAAAGGUGGACGAAGUCAAGGAAAACCUGAAGGUGGAGAAGGAGCUGAUGGCCGAGAUCGAGAUGAGCUACGACGACGAGCGCUUCAAGGACAUGGUGUUUGGGAACCUGCGGAGGAUUCUGUGGAACGCUGUGGAGAACCCGUACUCCUCGAUGGUGGCGAAGGCUUUCACGGUGUUCUCCAACCUUUUAGUGCUCUUCUCCAUACUGGCAAUGACUCUCAACACUGUGCAGGAGCUCCAUAUUUAUAAGAUCAAUGGGAAAACGCACAUGGAGUGGAUGGAAAUCAUCAGCAUCGUCUUCUUCACCUUUGAAUAUUUAAUUCGCCUCGUCGCCACCCCUGACGUCGCCCUGUUCUUGAAGAGUGGGCUGAACUUUGUGGACAUGGUGGCGGUCGUGCCUUAUUUUGUCCAGAUCCUUUUCGAAGCCUUUUCCAGCACGGACGAUGUGAACGCGCAGGAAGACCUGAGAGCCAUGGCUCGGGUCAGCAAGCUGAGCCACGUCCUGAAAGUAGUGAAGCUGCUGCGGAUAUUUCGUAUUUUAAAACUGGCCCGUCACUCGACCGGCAUGAGGGCGUUUGGGUUUACUCUGCGCCAGUGCUACCAGCAGGCGUCCUGCAUCCUGCUCUUCAUUGCCAUGGGGAUCUUCACCUUCUCCGCCCUGCUGCAUUCGGCUGAGAGGGAUACGGAGGGCUCGCCCAUCAGCAGCAUCCCCUACGCCUGGUGGUGGGCAGCGGUCAGCAUCUCCACCGUAGGAUACGGCGAUGUUGUUCCUGUUACCGUCCUCGGCCGCUUUGUGGCGUUCGGCUGCAUCUCAUUCGGGAUCAUCCUGAACGGCAUGCCCAUAUCCUUCCUCUUCAACAAGUUCUCCGACUACUACGCCAAGCUCAAGGCCCAGGAGUACAACAUCACCUUAGUGCAGCGCCGCUUCAUGCUGAGGAAGCGCCUCCGACAGAAAAUGGACAUAUGUUUCCAUCCGUCAGAGGAAGUGACCAGUGCAGAGGAAGAGAGCCGAUCUGUCUGUCACUGAUCGCUUCUUCCGCUGUCACAUGGCAACUGUGACACUAAAUUUACUCACAACUUUCUGGCUAGAGCUGCCUUCCUCUUUUUGUGCACGCCACAAACCGCCGAUUUUAAAUAACACAAAAAUCUGAAGAAGCUUUAUCGUAAACAUACCUCAUCCAUUUGCACAGAAGGUGCAUCUAAACUGACUUGUGUAUUUCAAAUGAGUGCCUAUAAACACGGUCAAUAGCAAAUAAAUGAAGCACUUUUUAUGUCUUGUUGUUCGGCAUUCGAGCUUCUGUCUGAAGUAUCUAAUGCAAGAACAGGAGAGUGACAUCAGUCCUCAAACAACAAACAUAUCAAUAAAUAAAUCCAUAAUUAAAAAAUACAGUCUUCUCAUGGGUGAACAGUUUUGUGUGUCACUGAAACAUAUCUUAUCACAAACUUGCACCCGAUGUAACUUAACCUGCUUUUAUCAUCAGGAAGGAAAUGAUUAAAAGGACAUUGAGCAUUUUUUUCUAUUUGGAUUCAUGUUUCUCGUCUGUCUUUGAAAACAUCAUGUGAGCGUGUUUGCGUUCAGCACAACCCAUGCAUCAGCUUCAGUCUUAACGCCCCGUGGGUUUUAGUGCAUUUGUGGUUUUGCUGCUGUCUGACAGUCCAGAGACUUGUUUGUUUUAUUUUUGGGCUUUCACACGUUGUGUGUGUACCAUAGAUAAUGAAAUGCCAAUACACAAGAACUCUUACUGUAACUACCAUUGUGUAAUAUUAAAUAAAUACUGAACAAAAAUCAAACCACCUGCUGUUUACCUGGGAACAAGUCAGUCUCGUUGGUUCAUAAGGACAGAACACAUUCCACUUCUAAUAGAUUGAGUACAAGGUUCUAAAAAACAGUAAUAUUCCAACGACCACAUUGUCUAACGUCACGCCCACACUGUGUAAGUAAUAGCGUGUACAGCAGUAGGACUUUAGUAAAGGACUGUAGUAAGUCAAAUUCUAAAUGAUGAACGGGAAUAGUUUCAAAAGUAGUAAAAGCCAAAACAGGCUGGGGAUUUGAAAGUGGGGAAUUCCCAUCUGUCAGAAGGAUCAUCCAGUGUAAUU